AUGAACAAUCAUCUGCUAGAAACAGAAUUAGGCAGCCAUGGCAGCAGACCUGAUGAUGAGACUGUGGAGGCGAAAGUGGUCAGUGCUGAUCAGACCGGAGAAGCUCAGGGGUCUUCUACUAGUACUGGGCUCACGACCGGCGACGGCGAGUUUGUUGCUGCCGAAAGGAUGCAUGUGUUGGAGCAGCUAAGGAUGUUUCGUCAAUCGGAAUCCUCAGUCGAAUCUGGAGUUGCGUUCAGCGGCGGCAACGGCAGGAUCUCUGAGGAUACCCGUAGCGGUAGCGGUAGUGAUAAUGAAGACAGCGUUGUCCAGGAGAAGCUAAGAGCAGCAGGUAUCAUUACCCAGGCUGCUGACGUUGUAUCCAGAGCGCCUCAAGUAACGUCGGUAACAGAGAAGCCUCUCGAUAGUCUGAUUGAGGAACGAAAGCUAUCAGGAGAAGCAGACCUGGAGUCUUCAGGAACCUCCGCGACGUUUGUCGACGCUCAGGAGAUGGAGGACCACCAACAGAAGGUAGCCUGCGGGAUAUCGGCAGCCGAGUUUGAAGCUAGAGCAAACGUGGGUGCCAUUGCAGUAUGCGUAGACGCUGGAGGCGACUCGGCAUCCACUGCUUCCUCCGAUAGACAUAGACCGGCUGACCACAUCUCAUUCGAUGCUGAACUGGGAUCAUCACGCAUGGACAAUAGCAAUGAAGAUACCUGUGUCACAGCUGUCACAGUAGACGAAGACAUGGCCGAGCUCGAACAGGGCAUUAGAGAUCGCAUCAUCCAAGAGGCAGUCGAAGCAUCGGCUGUCCUGGAACCUGACAAUGACUCGGUGUCAACCGUUGGCACUCUUCAGUCCUUCAAGAAUCGUCCGGUGUUUGUUGGUGCCAUGGUGACGUGUCUGCUCUUCGCCGUGGCUGCCGUUGCUGCCAUUGCGGUACUCGGGCACGAACAAGGACAAGCACAAGAAAGCAGUGCUCCUUCCACUAUCGGAAACGCCACCCUCACUGGCGACGUGGAUGUCAUCAAGAAGUCCACCCUUCAGAAGGUCCGAGAUCGAGGGUUUGUCCGGUGCGGAGUCUAUGAGAAUGCACCUGGCUUUAGCGCCCCCAACCUGGAAACGGGAGAGCUUGAGGGCAUGAACAUUGAUCACUGUCGCGCCAUAUCCCUGGCGGUCUUUGGAACUCCCGAUCUGAUUGAGCCUGUCAUUGUCUCCUUCAUCAAUCGAUUCUCCUUCUCGCAAGCGACUCUAUGGAUGUCCGGUCUGGCGUUUGGCGGGGCACCGGAACGGGUUCGCUGCAUGGACGAGAUUGCAGCAGCGAGCACUGCCUCUGGAGAGUUGCCUCCUGGAUGCGAAGACGUCAAGGUCUGUGUCUCGCUUGGAACCACUACGGAAGCGGUUGUCAGAGAGCUGUUGCCAGAGACCGUGCCCAUAUUUGGGACCUUGACUCAACAAGAUGCCAUUAGCAAGUUUGUGCUCGGCGUGUGCAACGUGUUUGCGGCCGAGCCCGUAUCCAUGAGCAAGUACAAUCUCCACAAGCAUGGGUACAGCGGCUCAUUCAUGGUUGGAGACAAAAAGUACUCGCGAGAGCCUCUUGCCCUAAUCACCAGUCAGGAUGACCCCCAGUGGUCCGCUCUGGUGAACGCCGUCGUGAACAUUUUUUAUCUGGCAGAAGCCGAAAACGUCUCCAAGGAUAACGCUGCCACUGCCUUUCAAGAGCUGUUUGACUCGGCGGACUCCGGCAUAACAGAUGAGUUUGAUUUGGUAUCCAUGGCAGUAUCCAUUGUGUCCGAGUUUGGAAACUACGCCGACUUGUACGAAGAGCACUUGGAAGUCAGCGUACCUCGCAGCGGUCUGAAUCUUUUGUACAGGCCUGAUACGGGAGCACUCAACAGUCCGGCCGGCCUGUUGUAUGCUAUGCCAUUCGGAAACCUCGACGCAUUGGGUCCUGGUCCUGUCACCGAUGAAAGGCUGGACAAGAUUCUGAGCCGUGGCUAUCUGAGGUGCGGCGUCAGGGCCCGAGAGGGUUUUGCCACAUUCCAGAAUGGCGUCUGGUCCGGUUUUGAUGUUGACAUUUGCCGGGCAAUCAGCGCGGCAAUCUUCAAUGACAUAGCAGAUGAUGCUGUCACCUUUGAAGACAUUACUGGCACCGGAUCGGAUUACUAUUGCAUCGUUAACGACGACGUUGACGUCGUGAUUGGCACUCCUGCGUCGAUUCAAACUUCAUUGAUGGAAUCAAAGACUGGAAACAGCUAUGCCUUUUCCCCGGCAUACUUUUACGACGUGUCCGACCGCAGACCUCUGGUCGCGGCAACAGCAGGGAACGAACCACAGUGGUCUGACUUUGUGAGUUCAGUAGUCUCGGCUAUCAUCUAUGCGGAAGAAGCAGGGAUUUCUCAAGAAUCCUAUUUGGAAAUGCCAUUGGUAAAGGUCUUUGGUGCAGAUCUUCAACACAUGCUUCAAAGCGCCAUCCAAGCAGUUGGAUCCUAUGCGGAGAUCUACGAGCGUCACUUGGAAGUCAUUAUUCCGCGCUCUGGUGCCAAUCGACUCAACAGCGAUAUAAUGGGAGGGCCUCAACACUACCCACUUCCUUUGUUUUGUCCAGGACCUCCUUAA